CUUGGAUUAGCUUAUUCCAUGCCAAAUCUAAAUUUUGUUACUAAACAGCAUCUAAAUUUUGUUGGGAACAAAAGAAUCCAUGAGAAAUUGGAACGAUACCGCAUGAUGAUCCGGGUUCUGAGAGAGGAAACUCACCCCCUCAUGGCGUCACGGUUCCUUCCAUCUCUCAGUUGACGCAUUACAUUGUGUGUGCUUGUGAUUUCACUCGACGUCGACACUGCUAAGUGCUUGAACCCACACCAGUUCGAAGAGAGCGAGUUUCCGGCGGGAUACCAGCCUGGAGUCAUCCUUCAAUGCCCGAUAGAUUUAUCUGUAAAGGUUAUAUUAAAGGCGCUGAAGCGAGUGCGAGGAGGAGAUGAAGAGCGGCGGAGGAGGAGGCGGCAGUCAACCUUUCUCUGUUCCGCCCGGGAAGAGGCGGUGGAAUUUUCUGGUGGUUGCUGUUCUAUGUCUCGUGUUUCUUUCAAUGCUCGUGCCUCUUAUAUUUUUGCUCGGAUUACACAACGGAUUCCAUUCUUCCCCUGGAUAUGUUCCAGAAAAACAUAGUCCAUUUACUAAAAUGGUUGAUGUUUAUGCUCAACAAGAAGCUAAUGUACCUAGAAACCAAUCAGAGGGAAAGCAAUCUAGCCAUAUAGAUGAUGUUAUAAGAAGAUUGGAACCUACUUUUCCUAAGGAUUUUCAGAAGAGCAUUGUUAAGGAAGCUGAGAACAAGACUACUAUUGGUCCUCCAUUGUCACUUGAUAUGCCUAAAGAACAGCCAAAGGGAGGUAGCAACAAGUCCAGUGAUGUCAAACUGAAGAAUACUGAGGAGGGUAUAAAGUUUUGUGAAUUAAAAUAUGGAAGCUACUGCUUGUGGCGUCAAAAGAAUAGGGAAAAAGUUAAUGAUUUCAUCGUGAGAAAAAUGAAGGACUUGCUAUAUGUGGCUCGAGCGUAUUAUCCCAGCAUUGCAAAGCUUCCAGCUCAGGACAAGUUCUCACUUGAAAUGAAGCAAAACAUUCAGGAUUUUGAGCGUGUUCUUAGCGAGACAACUGUUGAUAAGGAUCUUCCCUCCAUGAUCGGAAGCAAGCUAGGUAAGAUGGAAGCGGUAAUUGCAAAGGCAAAAGGUUUCUCUGUGGAAUGUAGUAACGUUGACAAGAAAUUUAGACAACUAGUUGAUCUAACAGAGGAUGAAGCUAAUUUCCAUGCAAAACAGAGUGCUUUCCUCUACCAACUGGCAGUCCAAACAAUGCCAAAAAGUUUCCAUUGCCUGUCAAUGCGACUUACUGUGGACUAUUUUAGAUCUUCUCCGAUCGAUGAGGAACAGUCAGUGGCUGAGAGAUACCUGAAUCCAGAUUUGCAUCAUUAUGUUAUAUUCUCCAAGAAUGUACUCGCAUCGUCUGCAGUUGUGAACUCUACAGUUUUGCAUGCUAAAGAAAGUGAGACUCAAGUAUUUCAUGUGUUGACAGACAGGGAGAAUUACUUUUCCAUGAAAUUGUGGUUUUUUGAAAACAAAUAUAAGGAAGCAACCGUCCAAGUCUUAAACAUUGAGGACCUUAAUUUGGACAAUGAUGAUAAUAAGGUAUUUCCAACACAAUUCUUGCUGCCUGAGGAAUACCGUAUUUUCAUCCAUAAGGUUGAUGAACCAUCCAUGACCCAAAUGAGGACAGAGUAUAUAUCUGUGUUUUCACAUUCCCACUAUCUCCUUCCAAAGAUUUUUUAUUCAUUGAAGAAAGUAGUGGUUUUGGAUGAUGACAUAAUUGUCCAAAGAGACUUGACAGACUUGUGGAGCAUCAAUUUGGAUGGGAAAGUGAAUGGUGCUGUACAGUUUUGCUCGAUCAAACUGGUUGAGUUGAAGAAUUUUUUGGUUGACAAGAUUUUGGAUGAAAAAUCUUGUGCUUGGGUGUCAGGAUUAAAUAUCAUUGAUCUAGUUAGAUGGAGGGAACAAGACCUUUCCGGGAAGUUCCAACGACAUUUGCAAGAGCAACCGAGUAGAAAAGAGGGGAUGACCUUGCGUGCCACGUUCCUUACCUUUCAAGAUGAGAUAUAUGGCCUUGAUGAGAAGUGGGUUUUGUCGGGGUUGGGGCAUGAAUAUGGUCUGCCCACAGAGAUUAUAAAGAACGCAGGAGUUUUGCAUUUCAAUGGGAACAUGAAACCUUGGCUUGAUCUGGGUAUCCGUGAUUAUAAAGAUUUAUGGAGCAAGUAUAUGAACAAGGAAAACCAUUUGCUAAGAGAUUGCAAUGUGAAUUGAGUAGUGUCAUUAAUAGACCACACAUUCUCUUCUGCUUGUGAAGGAAGAGUGAGUGUAUGGGAACAAAGACCACACACAAGUUUCUGCUCCCAAACUCAAGGUAAAACUUACAGGCAAAUAUAUUUUAGUCUGCCCUGAUGAGUUUGGUGUUUCAAUUCUUUGGUUAAUAAAGGAGAGACGGGUUUUUUGUAUCAAGUCCCCCUCUUGGCAAGGCCCGUGACUAGUAGAAGCUUUCUUUGAUGAAUGGUUAUUAUAGCAAAGAAGCGCCUAGCGGGAAGCAAAACAUCUCUGGAUGGCACACAAUAGUUGAACAGAAAUGUUUUGUUUGAUGUCUGGGAAAUCAUAUUCUCUUGUUAUUUCAUAGGGAGUGAUAUAUCAUCAAGGCAAAGUCCGGUUUUAAUUUCAAAUUUUCAAUAGAGCAGAAUUUGCAUAGUUUAACUCCUCAUAUUUGGUGUUCCAUUACCCCUUUUCUGUGAGGGUACAAAUUAUUGUAAACUCAUAGUUAUUCUUUUUGUAUUCCUUGUAGUGUUUUUAAAGUAGGUUUUGAGAAGUUGAAGUUCCAUUUUCAUUCUAACUAUCACAGUUACGAACCAAUUUUUAAGCAGCUGUGUAUAUGUAUUGUUACCG